AUGACCGUCAAGACAGCCAGCCACGCCAAGAUCCCCUGGAUCGAAACGCCUCUCGUCAGGUCGGCCGCCCUGAGCGCCGCCGCCGGGUGUAACGUCUUCCUCAAACUUGAGAAUCUCCAGCCAGCGGGGUCGUUCAAGUCCCGCGGCAUAGGCAAUUACCUCGUCUGCCAGCUCGCCGCCGCCCAAGCUGCGGGCACCCGCGCAGGCUCCAGGCCACACUUUUACUGCUCAUCCGGCGGCAACGCUGGCCUCGCCUGCGUCCAUGGUGCAAUCACCCUCGGCUGCGAGGCAACCAUUGUGGUCCCCCUCAGCACGACGCCCUACAUGGUAGGCAGGCUACGGGAGGCCGGUGCUACAGAGGUCAUCCAGCAGGGUGCGUCGUGGCAAGAGGCGGACCAUUACCUGACCGAGGCCCUCAUGAGGGAUGCGAGGGCGAGAGGUGAGACGGCCGUGUACGUGCCUCCCUUUGAUGCGCAGCAGAUCUGGGAUGGGAAUGCAGGCAUCACGAGGGAGAUUGUGAGGCAACUACCUUCCGCAGAGAGGCACUAUGCCACCAGUGACGCCGCCGAGGACGGGGAUGCAGACUUGGGCGUGUCGGCGCCCAGAGUCGAUGCCAUUGUGUGUAGUGUCGGCGGGGGCGGGUUGUUGGCCGGCAUCGUGCAGGGCCUUGACGAGCUCAAGCUGGAGAAAACGACCGUGAUUGCUGUCGAAACCGACGGCGCCGACUCGCUUUCCCGGGCUCUCUCCGGAGGGGAACUGGUCACCUUGCCGGCAAUCACGAGUCUAGCCACGAGCCUGGGCGCAAGACGAGUCUGUCAAAGGGCUUUCGAGUAUGGCAUGAGAGACACCGUGGCCAGUCUUGUUCUGCCUGACUCGGAAGCCAUCAGCGCGUGCAGGCGGUUCUUGGAUGAGGAGCGUCUGCUGGUAGAACUGGCCUGCGGGGUGUGUCCCGCGGUUUGCUACAGCGGACAGCUUGAGAAGCUGGUUCCGGGAUUCAGCGCGAAUAGUGUGGUGGUGUUGAUUAUUUGCGGCGGGAGCAAUAUCUCGCUCGAGAUGAUGGACAGGUACCCGAGUGAGCAGGCGAGUUAG